CAAAAAGAAAAUUCCAACAUACUUUCCUCCACAAUUCUGAAUUCUCCUCCACUCUUAAACUCAUCGAAAAGAAAACCCUCAUCGGAGAACCCAAAAAUAACAUGUCCGGCCAACCGAACGAUCAAAAAUCCGACCCGACACCACCACCUUUCGAUCCAUCAAAGCCGUCCGUUCCCAUCUCUUAUCCAAUCAAGACCCUUGAAGACCUUGAAAAUGGUUCUUACUACAAGUCUUUUCAUUACCCCUUUAAUAAAAGCAGUGUUCCUUUACGACCAAACACAGGUUUGGCUCAAAGGCCUAGGGUUUUGGUUUGCCAUGAUAUGCAAGGUGGUUACGUGGACGACAAGUGGAUCCAAGGUGGCGAAAAUUCCGGUGCUUAUGCCAUAUGGCACUGGUAUUUGAUCGAUGUGUUUGUUUACUUUUCUCAUUAUUUGGUUACUUUGCCUCCACCUUGUUGGACCAAUACUGCUCAUACACAUGGAGUUAAGGUAUUAGGGACAUUCAUUGUUGAAGGAGAAGAAGGGACAGCUACUUGCAAUAAAAUGCUUUCAACAAAGGAAUCUGCUCACAAAUAUGCUCAACUCUUAGUAGAGCUUGCUGUUGCUUUGGGCUUUGAUGGAUGGCUGCUCAACAUGGAGGUUGACCUUGCCAUUAGCCAAAUCCCCAAUCUCAAAGAAUUUGUUAGCUAUUUAACGCAGACAAUGCACUCCUCGGUUCCUGGUUCUUUAGUUAUAUGGUAUGAUAGUGUUACAAUUGAUGGAACACUUAGUUGGCAAAAUCAGUUGAAUGAAGAGAAUAAACCUUUUUUCGAUAUUAGUGAUGGAAUCUUCGUUAACUAUUUUUGGGAAGAGGACGGUCCAAAGUUAUCUGCAACGGUUGCCGGCGAUAGAAAGCUCGAUGUUUACAUGGGGAUUGAUGUAUUCGGAAGAGGAACAUACGGUGGCGGGCAAUGGACGACGAAUGUUGCACUUGAUGUGAUAAAAAAGGAUGAUGUCUCGGCUGCGAUAUUCGCUCCGGGAUGGGUUUAUGAAACGAAACAACCACCCGAUUUUCAGACCGCUCAAAACCGUUGGUGGAGUCUGGUUGAGAAAUCAUGGGGGAUCGUCCAAAAUUAUCCUAAAACACUACCGUUCUAUUCGAAUUUCGACCAGGGCCGUGGUAAUCAUAUUUCCGUUGACGGAGCACAAGUAUUAAGCACUCAAUGGAAUAACAUUUCUUCACAAACAUUUCAGCCUUUCCUGGAGUAUGUUGAUGAUUCCACCUCAAAAACAAUUGAAGUUCGUGUUGAGUCUAUGAAUUGGUUCAUGAAUGGUAGUUUUAAGGAAGCGUCGUUUAACGGAGGUGGAAACAUAACAUUUAAAGGAACUCUCGAAGCCGGCGCCUCAUUCUCAACCAGACUCUUCUCAGGACAACUUCUUAUGGGUCCGUUACCGAUUUACUUCACAUAUUCUGUAAACUCUGAAGGUAAUUCUCAAUUGGGCCUUUCUCUUGAAUUAUCUUCUGAAACGGAAGGAAAAAAGAAGUUGUUUCUUGCAUCCCAAGGAACAAACCAAUUCUCGAGUGAAGUCCUCAUGCCACGACGACUUACAACGCCGGACAAUGCUCCAGGAUGGGUUAUGCAAGAGGUCAGCAUUGCAAUGAACGGAUACACAUUAACAGAAAUCCACGCCGUAUGCUACAAACAACAACCCGAAAUCACAAACACAACUGAAUACUUUGCUGUGCUCGGAGACAUUAAGAUUUCAACUUCGAGCAAGAAUACCGAAUUCCCUCCAUCUACUUCUUGGAUCGUCAACGGCCAAGACAUAGAAUGGGGAACAUCUCAAGGUUCCAAAACACUUAGUCUUAAGAUCAGCUGGAAACCGGAAGAUGAAAAGGGUCCUCUUUUCCCAAAGUACAAUAUCUACGUUGAGAAAUUAUCGAAACAAUCGAUUCGAACAUUGAAAGGAACGCUAGAAAGCGUUAGAGAGUACAUCGGAGUAGCACACAUAGAAGCCUUCUAUGUGUCUCAACUUGUCAUCCCUUCGGAUACUUCGAGUCUCAAGUUUAUUAUUCAAGUUUGCAAUGUUGACGGUGCCAGCCAAAAUCUCGACGACGCUCCAUUUUUUCAACUCGAUGUUCAAAGCUCGACGAACAUAUUAUCACUUCUGUUCGGUUGCCUUCCUUCCUUGGUGAAGAACAUCAUAGCUUAUCUAUGAAUGUAAGCCAAUCUAUUAUGAUAAUAAAUUCAGGAUGAAUAUCAAAACUAUACAUGAACUUUAAUUUAAUGUGUAAUGUCAUAUAUGAAAUUUCAUUUUGUGGGAUUUUAUA